AUGUCGUGCACAGCCAUCAGACUACGUCAAUUUAUAGAUCCUACACCCUACCUACCUCCAGGCACUGUUAUUCGUCAAGGAAAGGACAUUCAAGGGUUCUAUCCUGGGCAACUAGGACGGGUACAUAAGGCAUGCAUGCCUGAAAUAGCUCCAGGACCUUUCAUAAAACUGCACCCAGCUCCAGUUCAGCAUGAAGUUGAAACUCAGUACCAACAUGACUUUGAUAAUUUAACUCUUCAGGGGCAUGUCCUUUUUCAAGGGACAAUGAAGAAGGCAAUGAAUGACUGGUACAAGCAAACCACGUACAAAGAAGAAUUUGCACUGCCAUUUUACAAUAUGGACCAUGCUGAGGAUAAAUACACACCAAGAACUGAUCCUGGACCACUGACAAUCUGGAGAAGCAUUGCUGAUCCAAAAAAAGUAACCUGCCCUUGCUUGUGAGAAGUAUUUCAGCUGAGCAUUAAGAAAAUAAAAGCAACCCAUUGACAUUAAUCCCAUUUACAUGAGACUUUCAGAAGUCUGCUUCUGUUAAGCUAUACUGUAUCAUUUUACAUUGUAGUUUGUGUUGGUGAUGCUGCUUGGAAACUUUAAUCAAGUUUUAUCUCUGAAUAUAUGGAUUACUUUGUACAAUGGAAACAACAGUUGGGAAUCAAGAUACUUAAUUCCCCAGUACAUGUUCUUGUUAGCUGUGCAUUUUGGGAAUAUAGUAAUCUUAUUUAGUUACAUCAAGGGGAGAAUAGUCUAUUCAGGGGGAGGACAAUUGCAGAGACCAGCACCCAAGGCCUCUAGGAGUCCUUCCCUGUCCCACAUGGCUGUGACAAGUAACAGCACUGGCUGUGUGCUGGCAGUUGAAGAAACCUCAAAGGUUGUAAAAUAAAGACAAUCAGCCAUUUUAUUAAAAAAAAUAAAUUGUUCUUCCACCAAAGAGGGAGCUUUGUUGCAAUACAUGAUACUCUUGAAAUCUAACAUUAUACACCUACAAAUUCAGCUGUUGUAAGAAGCAAUGGAAAGCUUAAUAUAGGGCCCACUUACCCCAUUCUCCUAUGAAGCAACUCAAGGGAGGGUGCCAAAGCUGCAGGAAAAUAGAAGUGAACAUAGAUCUUUUUCUACAACA